AUGUCAGCAGUACCACAGCGAUCUCACCAAGCCGAUGCUGGUCAAGCACAACGCCCAGUGAACGAGUUUAAGGUCGUCAUACCAGAGUAGGUGUAAUUUUGGCAUUUUUUGAUAGAAUUAAUGAGAAUUUCGUUUUUUUAAAGGUUUUAUUGAAAAUCUGUAAGUUGAACUAAAAUACUUUGUAAAUGGAGUGUAUAACUAGAUUAUUAGUUGUAAAAGUAAAAUUAGCCUAUUUUAGAAACAAAGAUGCGAUUCGAUAUUCAAUUCUGCAAUUCAACGGACCUUUGAACAUUGACCCAUCGAGAUGGACGACUUGUGAUCUGAAAAUGUUCCGGGAAGACAACCGUGCUCAUGUAAGAUCUUUCGCUUUUACUUUUGGGUUCAUCAAGGCUUAAACUAAUUAUAUAAGCUUAUAAACAUCUAUUUUCAGGCCGUUGGCACAACAGCGAUUGUCCAAGACUAUGGUGAAGGUUCGGAAUACGGUCGAGCAGCUCGAGAAGAAGCAAGAAGGAAAAAAUAUGGUCGGCAGUCUAAAAAAUACCAACAUGAUCGACAACCAUGGAGGAUGGUCCUCAAGGACCCCACCAAAGAACCACAAGAACGAGUGUUCAGGUCGGUCUGUGAAGGCGGUGCUGGUGAACAUUCUGAUUAUUGGAUCUUCUCUAAGGUAGGUUUUGGGGGACUUCAGAAGGUUUUUGCCAGGCUUUUGGGUAGUAGACUAGAGUUUGAAGGUUGUUUUUGGACAAAAAUUUUAACUUAUUACCUAAAUUUUGAUAAAAAUUUAAAAUUAGGGGUUUUUGGGCUAAAAUAAGGAAGUUUUAAGCUAAAAUCAGACAUUUCAUCAGAGUAAAAUAUGUCAUUUUUAUCUAAAAUUAUAAAAACAAUCGUUUUCAGUCCGGUGACUCAUUCCAAGCUCAUAAAGUCGAUGAUUGGUACCGAUUCAUGCCUACAGCACGCCACAAAACCUUGGAUAUUGAUCAAGCUGAAGAACAGUUCCAGCUGAGAAACAAAGUUUUAAAUCAGUUCGCUUUGAAAGCCAAAAUUCAACAGACAUUGAAGGAUGCGGAAGAAGAUAAUGGCCUUGUUACAAAGCCUACUGCUUUGGUAGGUUGGGUGAAAUAGGGAAAAGGCUGGGGAAGAUCGGGGCAUAUAGAGAAUAAGCUCUCGAGGUUGAGGUAAUCAUUAAAUAGAGAAAAUACUGGAAAACACAAAUUUUAAAAAAUUAUGCGAUAUUUACCAUGCCAUUUAUAGAAAAUCAAGGACGACUUCUCCGAUUCAGAUGAAGAAGGUGGUCAUGCCGAGAAAGACGAAAGCAAAGGAAUCCUGGAUGCCGAUGCCGCGCUAGAGAAGAAUCCGAAAAAGAAGAAGGGAAAACAAAAGGACAAACGGCAGAGAGUGGAGAACGCUGAAGAAGUGGCACGAUACGAAUCAGAGGACGGCGAGGACGAAGGCCGUGAAUACGAUUACAUGAGCGAUUCUGGAUCUGAUACUAGGUGGGUUGGUGUUUUGUAG